UACUAUUUAUAUCUCUAUUAUGUUGGUGGGAGUGGAAAUCCGAUGUUUCGCAAAUCCGUCGAUUCCAUUGUUUUUUUUUGCUGAAACCUCAAUGAAUCAGUUUUACCAAGCUGCCUAGUUGCCCUAGUAGGCGUUGCUCUCUGCAGUAUUUAACAAGUGCACCGGGACAAAGCGAGUUAGUCUCGACAGAGCAGGAACCCGAGAGCUCUUCAGUCAAUUUGCGUAUAACCUACAGACUUCAAUGGGCCUACUAUAACCUCAAUAUUGACACCAGUCUAGGGACUCUCAAAAGCAUUCACGGGGACAUUCUGUGCAAUUUCUGUGUUGACGGAGUUACAAAGGACACCGAAAGGCCUUUUAUUGUGGAUUCUGUCUUUUUCACAACACGGCCUUCCCCCUACUGCGGUGAACGCCACCAUGAGUCUGAGUGUGAACGAGCUGACGGAGCUGAUGGAGAUGUGGUCGGAGCUUAACUUCACAGGGGACAACAUGUCAUCCCACCACGUAGAGGCUCUGCUGUGCCCGGCUGGGUUCAGCCACGCGGCGGUGCUCUACACCCUCUCUGUCCUCUACAUCUUCAUCUUCCUGGUGGGCCUGGCCGCCAACACCCUGGUGGUGUGGGUCAACCUCCGCUCAGAGAGGAACCGUUUUGAAACCCACCUGUACAUCCUCAACCUGGCUGUGGCUGACCUCUGUGUGGUGGCUACUCUCCCAGUCUGGGUCAGCUCGCUGCUACAGCGCGGCCACUGGCCCUUCGGCGAGGCCGUCUGUAAGAUCACCCACCUGGUGUUCAGCGUCAACCUCUUCGGGAGUAUCUUCUUCCUCACCUGUAUGAGCGUGGACCGCUACCUGUCCGUGGCGCUAUUCGGAGACGGAGGGAACAGCCGCAGGAAGAAGGUGGUGCGGAGGGUGAUCUGUAUCCUGGUUUGGCUGCUGGCACUGGCCGCCUCCGUCCCAGACACUUACUUUCUCCAGGCGGUCAAGUCCACACACUCUGACGCCACCCUGUGCCGGCCCGUCUACCCCACUGACAACCCCCGAGAGUGGAUGGUGGGCAUCCAGCUUAGCUUCAUCAUCCUGGGCUUCGCCAUCCCGUUCCCAGUCAUCGCUGUCUUCUACCUGUUAUUAGCAAGCUCCAUUGGCAACGCCAACCCGCCCGGCUCCAGCGCCAACUCAAACCAGGAGCGCCGCAUCAGCCGGAAGAUCAUCCUGACCUACAUUGUGGUGUUCCUGGUCUGCUGGCUGCCCUACCACGGAGUCCUAUUGGUCGACACUUUAUCUCUCCUCAACGUCCUGCCCUUCAGCUGCAGGCUGGAGAACUUCCUGUAUGUGUCCCUCCACCUGACCCAGUGCUUCAGCCUCAUCCACUGCUGCAUCAACCCCGUCAUUUAUAACUUCAUCAACAGAAACUACCGUUACGACCUCAUGAAGGCCUUCAUCUUCAAGUAUUCCACCAAGACGGGCCUGGCCAAGCUCAUUGAUGCAUCACAUGUGUCCGAGACAGAGUACUUGGCCGUGGCGGCGGUGGAGAAUAACGUGUGAUUGGCCCGCUGGGAGAGGAAAAUUGUCCCUGAGGGGAAAAUUGUCUUGGACACACAGAGGUGAUGUCACACAACUCACAGAGAACUGACUCUCUACCAAACGGACUCUAUUUAAGGCCUGCUGAAUGGGCUGAACAGUUAACUGACUGAAUGCAGUCCCUGGGAAGGACAUCUCAAGCACAUUAGACGCACUGUAAAAGACCAAGACCAAAUAUGCUCUGUUUCAGUGUUUCAGUUUCAACUCCCGUUUUGUUGUAAUUUCCCCCUUUUUGAGUGAGUUUGGUUAACUUCCCCCUUUUUGAGUGAGUUUGGUUAACUUCCCCCUUUCUGAGUGAGUUUGGUUAACUUCCCCCUUUCUGAGUGAGUUUGGUUAACUUCCCCCUUUCUGAGUGAGUUUGGUUGACUUCUCCCUUUCUGAGUGAGUUUGGUUAACUUCCCCCUUUCUGAGUGAGUUUGGUUAACUUCUCCCUUUCUGAGUGAGUUUGGUUAACUUCCCCCUUGCCUAGUAACAGGGGUGGGGGGUCUUCUUGAGAAAGCACUUCUUCUGAACUGGAGACUUGGUGUCACCCAAACAGAUGGUUCAACGACACCGUAAACACACACACACACACACACACACACACACAAACACACACACACACACACACACACACACACACACACACACACACACACACACACACACACACACACACACACACACACACACACACACACACACACACACACACACACACACACACACACACACACACACUUCCCCCUGCCCUGGUCAGAGCCACAGCGGAGGGAGACGAGGUGCUCUCCCUGCCAGUGUUUAUGUGAGCAGGCAGUCAGUCAACCAGACUCCAUUACCCUGAAGGACCUGCCACUGAAUCAAGCCACUGUGUUUACAUGGAAAUCAGGAAUGUCAAACGGACUGACAGCCGAGACCAGAGUCAAAACUCUAAAGCUCUAUUUUAUUUUGUAUUCUUUAUUCUGAUCCCCAUCAGCUGACUCUUAAGCAACUUCUGGUCUUCACCGGGGCCAUAAAAAAGACAUUACAAACACGAAAGCCAAUCUGUAGAAUGUGAGAAGUAGAUGUAUGUAUGUUGAUGUGUGUAUGAUGGUUAGUGAGGUGUCAAUGUGAGAAGUAGAUGUAUCCAUGUUGAUGUGUGUAUGAUGGUUAGUGAGGUGUCAAUGUGAGAAGUAGAUGUAUUCAUGUUGAUGUGUGUAUGAUGGUUAGUGAGGUGUCAAUGUGAGAAGUAGAUGUAUUCAUGUUGAUGUGUGUAUGAUGGUUAGUGAGGUGUCAAUGUGAGAAGUAGAUGUAUGUAUGUUGAUGUAUGUAUGAUGGUUAGUGAGGUGUCAAUGUGAAGCCAGGAGAAUCCAUCCAGUCCCAAACACUCCUCUAGAUGACGCAUUUAGAAAGUAUUGGUGCUUAGUAUGUAGAAUGAAGGAGUAGACUUUCAAAUCCACAUUAUUAGAUCAUUGUUUAUUCUGUAAAUAUCAUAUUUAUAUAUUUGUUGAUCUGUAGGUGCAGUGAUUUUGUGAAGUUUUGUGAAACGGAAUCAAUGAAGGUGUGCUUUCUGUGUAAUGUUUAAAAAUGUCAGUUCUGCUACUGUUUAAAAUAAUGUACCAUUAGUUCUAUUUCAGUUAUCUUGUUCUUUUUGUUCAACUCGUUUGCAUUUAUUUCACCACACAAAAGAAAAACAGCCAAUGUGUGUACAUUUCAGUCACAACCUGCACAUCAUUUGCAACUCUUUUUGAAUUUGCAAACGCAGUUUCUUGCCAGUCAGUGGAUGUUUUUACGCUCUUGUGUAAAAUAACAAAUAAAUGCACAAAACUGUUUA